AGAUCCAUUCAACACAGCAACAAUGCAUAAGCUGGUAUUCUGCUGUCUCAUUAUUAUUGGCUUCUCCUGUCCUCUCUCAUCUCUCCCCAUCAUCAAUGCCAGUGAGAUGUCAUAUCAACUCUCAGCUGAUGAAGAUCCAAGAUUAAACCUGGAGAGGCUGGGCAGCCUAGGAAGCACUUCCCUGCUUCAGUUCCUGCCAGGACUCUUGGGCACACUGACUGAAGACAAUAAAGGAGGUCUUAGCCCCAGUAGCUACAACCCAAGGGAAAAUAUCAAAGAGACUUUCUAUGGAAAUCAUCCUCGAAUUGCUCUGCUGGGCCGCUUCUUGACCAAGGAUAGGAAACAGUACAAGAAACGUGGAAAUCUUUCCGAGUGCUUCUGGAAAUAUUGUGUGUAAACAGGAGAAGAAAGUCCCCCUGACUUUGGUUGCAUAAUUUAUACAGAUGUCUGAAAACAUGUUUAUAGAUUUGCUUUUGAUUUAAAAUAAGAAUGAAGAAACAUGAAGACAGCUCCUAACUUUAGAUUCUAUGCUACUUGGAAAUUAAUAAAUUCUUGAUGUUUUGCAA